AAGUUAAAUCUGCGCUUUAUCUGAUGAAAGCCGGCGGUUGUAUCAGCCCGCUCCACAGUUGGAAGAGUCCUCCUCCUCCUUGUAUGGAAGGCACGGUACGAUCGUCAGGCGGGGGUGGGGAACUCUUGCAAAUUGAUCUAGUGGGGGUCUGACACGAGCUUCCCAUUGCAGACAGGGAGACCAGGAGAACAUCCUUGCCUAUCAUAAAGAUUGCGUCCAGUUUUUGGAGAUAUAACGGCGAACUGGCACGCGCGUAAAAACAAAUAAAAGCUCUAUAAGAAAUAAACCAGGAGAGAUAUUUUCAAAGUGGCCUUCAUGGCGGCUGAUCAGAUUAGCUAGCAGGGUACCAGACUGUUAUCUGGCAAAGUGUCACUGUAGGAGCAGCCGCGCGCUUGCUGCCUCUCUCGCGUCUCACUCCGGAUCGGCACGUAUUGUGUGUGUCGGGAAAAUCAGCCCGACCAUGGAUACAUCAGUAGCGUUGGUCUUACUUCUCUCGGCGUUUAACAGUUUCUCCUCAGCGCUGUUCUCCUCACCACUCAUAAUAAAGGAGUGGGUGGAUCAGAUGCAGCACGAUCUGGUGGGCCUGGCUGAGAAGGCCAGCGGAGUGAAGAGCUUCGCCCAGAUCUUUCUAGACAAGAAGGCGCACUUCAGCGUGGAGCCCAACGACGCGGCUCAGCUGGUGGAGAACGCGGCCAGCAACAUCGAGAAGCUUCUCUGCAGCCGGUCCAAGACCCUGGAGGAAUUGGCAGCGCACGCUGAGGCCUCCCAGAUGGAUCACCAGUGGAAGAACGAGUUUGUGGACGGCGACAUUGAGUACUACAACGCCAAGGACAAACUCGACUCCAACUCCACGGAGGGGAGGAAGAACCGGAUCAAGCCGGAAUUCAAGGAGGACCCGGACUUCAAGCGGCCCAUUUCCUACAACCACACGGCGGUCCACAUCCCCACCGACAUCUACGACGGCUCCACCAUUGUGCUAAACGAGCUCAACUGGACCAAAGCGCUGGAGGAGGUCUUCAAGAGGAACCGGGAGAACGACCCCACGCUCCUGUGGCAGGUGUUCGGCAGCGCCACCGGCCUGGCCCGGUACUACCCAGCCUCCCCCUGGGUGGACGCGAGCAAGACGCCGAGCAAGAUCGACCUGUACGACGUCCGCCGGCGCCCCUGGUACAUACAGGGGGCCGCGUCGCCAAAGGACAUGCUGAUCCUGGUGGACGCGAGCGGCAGCGUCUCCGGACUGACCCUCAAGCUGAUCCGGACGUCCGUCAGCGAAAUGCUGGAGACCCUGUCCGACGACGACUACGUCAACGUGGUUUACUUCAACACGCAGGUGAAGAACGCCGCCUGCUUCGGCCACCUGGUGCAGGCCAACGUGCGCAACAAGAAGAUCCUGAAGGACGCGGUCCAGAACAUCUCGGCCAGCGGCAUCACGGACUACAAGAAGGGCUUCGAGUUCGCCUUCGAGCAGCUCGCCUUCAAAAAUGUGACGCGUGCAAACUGCAACAAGAUCAUCAUGCUGUUCACUGACGGAGGGGAGGAGAGAGCUCAGGAAGUCUUUGACAAGUACAACAAAGAAAAGCAGGUACGCAUAUUCACAUUCUCUGUCGGCCAGCACAACUAUGACAAAGGACCAAUCCAGCGGAUGGCCUGCAGCAACAAAGGGUACUAUUACGAAAUCCCCUCCAUCGGAGCCAUCAGAAUCAACACGCAGGAGUACCUGGACGUGCUGGGCAGGCCCAUGGUGCUGGCGGACCGUAAGAACAAGGAGGUCCAGUGGACCAAUGUCUAUCUGGACGCGCUGGAGCUUGGCCUUGUUAUUACAGGAACCGUUCCGGUUUUCAACAAGACCCUCGUAAGAGACGCCAAGAACCCAUCCCAAAAAAAGAAGCACCAGAAUCAGUUGAUUCUGGGAGUGAUGGCCAUCGAUGUGUCUCUGGAAGACAUUAAGAGACUCACUCCACGGUUCACACUCGGCCCCAACGGAUACUACUUCGCGAUGGACCCCAACGGCUACGUCCUGCUCCACCCCAACCUCCUGCCGAAGAAUCCUAAAUUCCAGGAGCCGGUGACCCUGGACUUCUUGGAUGCCGAACUGGAGAAUGAAAUCAAGGUUACGAUCAGGAAAGACAUGAUUGAUCUGAAGACGGGGAAUAUCAAGAUCCACACGCUGGUGAAAUCUCAAGAUGAGAGGUACAUAGACCGCGGAAUCCGCGCUUACACUUUCGCUCCGGUCAACGGCACCGACUACAGCUUGGCGCUGGUGUUGCCAGAAUACAGCUCGCACUACAUCCGCGCGAAAAUCGGAGACACCAUUACGCAGGCAAAAUCAACAUUGGGGCGAACGGUUUUCGAGACCAUGCAGCAGGAUAACUUCGAGGAGUACGGACACACCUUCAUCGCCCCCAGGGAGUACUGCAAGGACCUGAAGAUCUCCAACAACAACACGCAGUUCCUGAUGGACUUCAACGAGUUCAUCGACCGGAACACGCCCAACGACCACACCUGCAACGUCAGCCUGAUCAACAGGCUGCUGCUGGACGCGGGACUGACCUCCGAGCUGGUGAAGCGGUGGAAGGAGCAGAACGCGAGCGGAGUGGUCGCCAGGUUUGUCGCCACCGACGGGGGAAUCACGCGAGUUUACCCGAGCAGCGCCGGGGAGGACUGGAAGGAGAACGCCGAGACGUACGAGUCCAGCUUUUACAAGAGGAGUCUGGACAACGACAUCUACAUCUUCACCGCGCCCUUUUUCAACAAGAGCGGGGAGCCCAACCUGGACUCCGGCAUCAUGGUCAGCAAAGCCAUCGAGCUGAACAUCGACGGAGCCAGGCUGAAGCCAGCCGUGGUUGGAGCGAAACUGAGUGUCGCUGCUUGGAAGGACCGUUUCAUCAAAGCCACAAUGAAGAUCAAUUGCAAGGAUGAGAUCUGCGGUUGCCUAAGCAACGACCAGCACGUCGACUGCGUCAUCCUGGACGACGGCGGCUUCCUCUUGAUGUCCAACAGGGACAAGUACAUCGCCCAGAUCGGACAGUUCUUCGGCGAGAUCGACCCCAUCCUGAUGAGGACCCUGGUGAACACGUCGCUGUACGCCUUCAACAAGACGUACGACUACCAGUCCGUGUGCGACCCGGAGCGGGACAGCAAAGCGGCGUCCGGCCAGCGCUCCGUCCGCAUCCCCACGAUAGCAGACGUCCUCCAUUUAGGCUGGUGGGCCUCAGCUGCUGCGUGGUCUAUAUUGCAGCAGUUAUUUCUAAGCCUCACAUUACCCACUUUACUUGAAGCAGCGAAUGUAGACGACGAUGUGCUGGAGGCCUUCUCCAAGGAGAGCUGCAUCACGGAGCAGACGCAGUACUACUUCGACAGCAGCAACAGGUCCUUUGGGGGCUCUCUGGACUGUGGAAACUGCUCCAGGCUGUACCGCGCCGAGAAGCUGGUGAACACCAACCUGGUGUUCAUCAUCGCCGACGCCGCGGAUCUGUGCACGUCCUGCGACGCCAGGCCACUGAAACAAGCCGAGCAGCACUCCCAAGGCCCGGACCCCUGUGAACUGGCCCAGAACCCCAGGUACAGGAAAGGACCGGAUGUCUGUUUUGAAAACAGCAAGGAUGAAGAUGACAGCGACUGCGGCGGGGGGUCCGGGCUGACCCCGUCGCUUUGGGCCGUGGCGGGCGGCCAGCUGGUCCUGCUCUGGCUCCUGGCCGGACCCCGGCGCUGCCCGACAUGACCGCAGAGCCGCCGGGGAGGGGGGCGUGGUUCGAGGGGGGAAGGAGCACCGCCACGACGCUUACGUUUUUUCAAGACGCUGCCGGAUUUUUCUCGCUGAGAUUUUUUCGCCGAACGGGAGGGAGAGGAGGACCGAUGAAACACCUCAGAGCUUGGAGAUCUGGAAGUGAGUGUUCCACGCCCCCCUCUGGGCCCCUGCUCUGGAGGUUCGCAGAGGACAAGCAAAGAGCCUUGUGUGUGUGGAGAGCGACACAUCCCACAGGGGUGAGCGUGUGGACACUGCCUUAUCCCUUAAGGGGGAAAUGGAAGGAAACGCUUCUUCAUUUUACAUUGUGUGGAGUUUUUUUGGUGUGCUGCUUUGCAGAAGAAAAAAAAAGUUAAAAUAAAAAAAAGAACUGGAUUGGUUAUAUAUUACACUGCCAAAACUUUUCAAAAAAUUGUUUUUUUUUUUGUUUGUUUUUUUUUUACCUGAUGGUUUAGGUUUGCGGUAAAUAUCUGGCAUGCCAGUAAAGUCAGUAUUUAGUUGUUAUAACCUCUUCGCUAUUAAUAGUAAAGGCCAAGAAUACUAACAUAUAUAAAAAGUGAUCAUGGGGUGCUACUGGUUCAUGGUGUUCCACGCCAUGAAGGUUCAAAACGGUUUUCUAAUAAUGGCUGUAUAAUCUUUUUAGUUGGACUGCAUGGUCACAGUCACAUUUCAUCGACGUCUCUGUCUUCUACUGAUCCCAGGGGGUCACCAAUGACGUAUUUCAGGGUCGAUACCCAGCCUCCAUCCGUAGGCCUUCAAACAAAGGAGAGGUAACUGCCAGGUACAGUCGUACCUUUUAAAAUACAGGGCGUCUACGCCAGGUCAAAGGGCAACUUAGUUACACUUGGUGUAGCCAGCUUAUUUCUACUGCAGUUUAAAUAUCAAGAGCUGACCAAACCUUUUCUAUCGUGAUUUCUGAUUGUAUUUAUUUACUAGUUUUUCCCUUGACAAUACAUUUUUUUGGUUUUCUUUUGUUUGUUUUUUUUUCAAUAGGAGGGGCUGAUGGAUCUUCUUGCAUGUGGCUGGUAUACGUUGCAUUGCUAGUUUUGAUUGUAACGGUUUGAUUAGUGCUAUGUACAGAGGGACUACCGCAAGGGGACACAGGAACUGGAGGAGUAAUAGAGUUUGGCCUGCAAUGACAUUUGGGCAAACUGCUGAAGUAUCAAUUUCAAAGAAGGCUACUAAUGACCAAAUGCUUCUGAGUAACUGUUGCUUGUAUUUUUUAAGGCGCAAUGCCAGUUUUUUUUUUUUUUUUUUUUUUUUAUACAUUGAAAUUUUCCCUCUCAUUCAUAAAAAAAAACUUAAUCCAACAAAGCAUUACCAAACUUCAACAUGUCUGAAAACCUGGACUGCAUGCCUCCCAACUGGAGUUUGGAAGAAAUACAGGAAAGUCUCUGAACUGUAAUAAAUCUGGGCCAAGGAAAAAUGUGUUUUUUAAAGUAAAAAAAAAAA